AGCCCAGGACUCGGCGACUAUUCUAUGAAGCUAGCAGGGAAAUGACGACUAGUCUAUGAUAUCUUACUCCAUUACUUCAAUCUCUAUUCCAUAUUUAUGCUAUAAAUACCCAACCAUCUUAUCCUCUAAACCCACACAAUCUCAUCUUCCUAGCUAUUAUACCUAUCUUCAAACUAAGCUUGAAUCCAUUCCCAUGGCGGCCAUUGUUAAUACCCUAGUAGUAGUACUCUUUAUUGCCCUACUCUCCGUUAUUCCUUCCCAUGCAAUCACCUUUACUGUCAAAAACAACUGCCCUUACACUGUCUGGGGCGCUGCCGUCCCUGGUGGUGGCCAACAAAUGAACCCAGGUGCCACUUGGACUGUCACCGCCAACCCCGGCCGAACCGGAGCCCGCAUUUGGGCUCGUACUGGUUGUACAGCCACCGGGCCCAACGGGCUCAGGUGCAACACAGGAGACUGUGGUGGGGUACUCCAGUGUACUGGCUAUGGAACACCCCCUAACACAUUAGCUGAAUAUGCCUUAAAACAAUUUAACAACUUAGACUUCUUUGAUAUAUCCUUAGUUGAUGGGUUUAACGUUCCUAUGAGCUUCUUGCCUGAUGGUGGACAGUGCAGUAAAGGGCCGUCUUGCGGGGCUGAUCUUAACGGCCCGUGUCCUGGCCCGCUUAGGACCAAUGGUGGGUGUAACAACCCCUGCACUGUGUUUAAAACUGAUAAUUAUUGCUGUAAUUCUGGGAGUUGCACUGCAACUGAUUACUCCAGGUAUUUUAAGGGUAAGUGUCCUGAUGCUUACAGUUACCCUAAGGAUGAUGCUACCAGUACCUUUACUUGCCCUUCUGGAACCAACUAUAGGGUUACAUUUUGCCCUUAAUUAAAUAAAGCUUACUAAUGUUGUAUUAUUAUGAAUAAAUGGAUAGAUAUAUCCACUCUGUUUUAUAUGUACUUUUAAUAAUUAAAUAUAAUUUAGUAAGUCACUAAAUAUAUUGCAAUUUGCAGUAGAAGUUUAUCAAACAAAAAUUACGAUAUCUAUAUUGAAAAUUGUGUGUGAGCUUUGACUGA